GUGGUAUUACAAUAGGAAUCAACGGGAGGAGCCGGUGGAGGACUCGUCCGGUCAUUACGUGGUGCGAGACGGUUCGCUGAUCGUACAAGGCGUCCAGGAGAGCGACGCCGGAUCAUACAUGUGCACUGCUAGUAAUUCGGAGGGCAGCGAGUCUAUGGAAGUGAGGUUAACCGUGUCCGCGCCAUUGAACGUGCACGUUCAGCCGUCGAUCCAGACAGUCGAUCUUGGGAAGGUUGCUUAUUUGACGUGCAGCGCAAGUGGAUUUCCGCAGGCGGCGCUGUACUGGCUGAAGGACGGUCAGCCAUUGAGGACGGGCGCUCGCAUAAGGGCGGUUUCCAGAGAACGAAUUUCCGUGAUGUCGGUUGCAAGAGAGGAUCGCGGCAUGUACCAGUGCUUUGUGAGGAACGAGUAUGAAAUGGCUCAAGGAAUUGCGGAAUUGCGGCUGGGCGGCGAACGAUAAACAAGCGGUCUACCCUGUUAACGUUUCAUUAACAUCAACCUCGUUCGCUGAACCACGGCGCUUUCGGCCCCGACGAAAGUGUCUCGGGUAAC